AUGGAGACAGAAAAAAAGCUAGAUGAUCCUUCCAAUGUAAAAACAGAAGGGUGUGAAAAGUGUGUACCAUUCAAAAGAAAAUCCCAAAGGAAGAAGCAUUACUGCCAGAGUGAUUUUGUGAUCCGUGGCAAGAUUAUGGGGAGCAGAAAAAUCGGUCUGGAGACACGGUACGACAUACAUGUGAAGCACGUAUUUAAAAACAAGUUUCCUCUUGUACACCGUGAAUAUGUUUGGGUAUCAAACCAGUGUGACUGUCCCAAACUUGAAGAUAAUCAAGAAUAUAUAAUGAUGCCUUCAAGACAUGUGAACCAUGAGCGUACGCUAAACAGAAUCUUGCUCUCCCCAAAUAGUUACAUCAGGCCAUGGACACAGCAAGAGGACCACCAGAUGCAACGCCUAAACAGAUUAUGUCGAUUGUCCUCCUGA